AGAAACACAUUUGCUAGCUCCAGGUCAUUGGAGUUGUCUCCAUCAGCAUAACAAGUUAUUUCAACAAAUCUUCCCAAACGCGUCAACAUGGCCAAGUUUUCUGUGGUAGCACUUGCGGCAGUCUGUUUCAUCGCCAUGCUCGGCAUGAACGACGCUUACGUCAUCCAACCUCGCACCAUGCAGAAAGUUCUUCUGGAUAAAGCAAGGAUCACUAAAAGUAAUUCGGCACCCUUGAUAACAGCUGAGGGAAAAGCACUUUGCACCACAACCGAGUGCGUCGUCGCAGCGUCCAAUUUGAUUGAAUCAAUGGAUCUGACUGCCGACCCAUGCCAGGACUUUUUCCAGUACGCUUGCGGCGGAUGGAUCGCAAAACAUCCGAUUCCGGAAUCGAAAUCCAGAUGGACUCAAUUUGACGUUUUACGCGACGAACUGACCGAAACUUUGAAAGUAAUUCUACGCGAGCCCAACAACCCAGAUGACGCCAUUCCCGUCAACACUGCCCGAGACAUGUUCACCGCUUGCACCGACACCGCCACGAUCGAAACUGUUGGCCUGAAACCUCUGACUGAUCUUCUGGGUCUCUUUGGCAACUGGCCAAUGACCCAAAGCACCUGGGAAGAGGCUUCAUUCGACUGGAAGGAAGCCACCGUUGCCGGCCGCCAGUUGUACGGCACUAAUUACUUCCUCAGUGUCUUCAACUAUCUCGACUCUGAAAAUACUGAUCAAAGCACCAUCUACAUUGAUCAAAGCUCUCUGGCUCUGCCCCGUUCCACCCUGGUGAAUCCUUCCGGUUCUCCGGAAAUCAUGACGGCUUACUCCGAUUACAUGACCAAUGCCGCCAAAGCCAUCCGUGACAACAUGGCCACUGGUGCCACUGACGCCCAGAUUGACGCUGACGUCUUGGCUACGUGGACUUUCGAAUCCGAGUUGGCCAAGAUUACAACUCCGGCUGAGGACCGUCGUAACAUCACCCGCCUGUACAACCCCCUAUUGGUUAGCGAGGUUCAAGGUUGGACCGACAGUGUUCCCACCACCACUAACAACGGAAAGAUCGACUGGGAGAAAUAUCUGACCGAUAUCUACAGUUUGGCUGAGAUUACAGUGCCGUCCACCGAGCGUGUCAUCGUCACCGAGACCGACUACUUGAAGAAAUUGGUCGCUCUUUUGGAUGACACACCCACUCGCACCAUCGCCAAUUACAUUCACUGGCGUUUCGUCAAGGAUCUGGGAGGCUACACAACUCAACAGAUGAUCGAUCUCGCCUUCGCUUUCUCCAGUGUCUUGUACGGCACCAGCCAACCCGAAGCCAGGUCGACGACAUGCGCCAACCAGGCCAACAACUUGGUGGGUUACGCUACCGGUGCCAAGUACGUCGAGAGAGCUUUCGACGAGGCUGCCAAAACCGAGACCACGUUGAUGAUCGCCAACUUGAAAACAGCCUUUAAGACUUUGGUCGAUGAUGCUACCUGGAUGGACGACGGAACGAAAGCCAUCGCCCGAGAGAAGGCUGACUACAUGAGUGAAUUUGUUGGUUACCCGGAUUGGAUCAAGGAUAAGACCGCCCUUGAAGCUUACUACGACGGGUUGACCGCAACAACCGCGACACACUUCCAGAACGUGCAGAAUGCCAACUCGUUCCUGAACAAGAAAGAUUUCCUGACUCUGCGAGGGCCCACUGAUCGCACUAGAUGGAACACUUACCCUUCAAUCGUCAACGCUUUCUACGAGCCCCAGCUCAACUCCAUCACUUUCCCCGCUGGCAUUUUGCAACCUCCUUUCUACGGAUUGGGUCGCUUGUCAAAUAUGAAUUACGGAGGCAUCGGUUCCGUCAUUGGACACGAAAUCACUCACGGCUUCGACGAUCAAGGUCGCCAGAGUGACAAACUCGGCAACACGGCCAACUGGUGGACUCCCGAAACUUUGACAAACUACCUGGAACGUGCUCAGUGCUUCAUCGAUCAGUACAGCAACUUCACCGUCGCCAGCGGAUCACACGUGAACGGAGUGACAACUCAGGGCGAGAACAUUGCCGACAACGGCGGUUUGCGUGAAGCUUACCGAGCCUACAACUUCUACGUGGCCGCCAACGGAGCUGAGCCGCAGUUGCCCGGUUUGGAGCAGUUCACGGCCGAUCAGAUCUUCUUCCUCUCUUACGCCAACUUGUGGUGCGGAGUCGAAACACCCGAGCGUCUCGAGGAGCAGAUUCUGACCGAUCCGCACAGCCCGAGCCGCUUCCGCGUCAUCGGCCCGCUCUCCAACAACGAGGAUUUCGCCCGCGAGUUCAGCUGCCCGGUCGGAAGCCCCAUGAACCGCGAGACCGAUUGCAUUUUGUGGUAAAUUGACUUUCGCUGUUUAUUAUUCACCUACAGUGGCGAUUGUGUAUCCCACGUAUCGGUGAAUGAAUAUGAACUGACAUUAUAAUCCAAAGACUAAGCAUUUGUUGUGCAAUAUGAGAUACAUUGAAUAAUACAGUAUAAUACAAGUGA